AGGAUUUUUGCGUGUGUGUUGCUUCGCGAUAGUUGGAUAAGAAGCCGGAGGCGCAAUAGUCAAUUAACAGGAAAUUAGAUUGUCACUAGGUCUGAAGAAUGUGCGUGUAGCAACACGAGUCGUUGCAAAAAUGGACGCGCCGUACCGUCCCCCAGCGUCCGAGGUCCGUUCGGUCUUUCUUGCGUCACACGGUGCAGCUGACCAGAGCCCGGGCUUCGGCUAUUCAGCGGGCGGGGGGAGUAGUAGCUCUUCUCCCAUGAAAGCGCCGCAAUUUUCGUCAGCAGGAUCCAGAACAGCUCCAAGUGGUUUAGCCAGUAACACGACAAAUCCACUGCUCGCGAUGAACAAUGGCGGUUCACUCUCCGGCAGUGGUUCACUUCCCCCAGCAGCGCUCGGCAUGAAUGUUGGCCUUGAUGCGCAGUUUGGUGGCUCAGCCGGGUCUGGGGGCGGAGGUGGAGGUGGGUUCGGUGGAGGAGGCUUCGGCCCGGGAGGGUAUCUGAACAACAGCUUGACUUCGACCAGCGGGAACAAAACGCCCAAGCAAGUCGUCCACAACUACCUGUCCGGCGCGGAUCCACGGCAAUUUUCCCCGGUGCCGUUGCCGCGGAUAGGACAAGAUGGCGGCGGACCGCAGUCGACCACGGAUCUCGCGUAUUACAAUGGUUUUGAAUCGUUGCUUGAUGUCUUCACUUCGUUUUGAUGCCAUCACGCACAGUUCUGUCGCAGUACUCUCCUCUGCCUGCAUCAUGCAAGUACGCAUUUUUAACAUUUCACGUCCACGUGAUCUAAGUACCAAGCCGCUUUCGUUGCCUGAGACUCCAACUUACAACUUUAUGUUGGAUGCAAGCUCAACUUACGAAAGCUACAAUAGAUAUGUGACCAGUUGAAGAUCCUUGUUGUGCUUUUUUUCAUGUGCUUCAAGGAUAAUCUGAGUCGCACAAUGAAACUCCGCUACAACAUCAUCUCCGUGCACCACAAAAUUAAGUUUCUGUUUGAUUUAAAAGUAAGCGUUUGUUGGCACCACGCACAGUCCUUUCGCAUUCAUGCUUUGAAUCCGCUUUCGUUGCCUGAGACUCCAAUUUACAAUUCUAUGUUGGGUGCAAGCUCAACUUACGAAUGCUACACUAAAUCAGUGACCAGUUGAAGAUCCUUGUUGCGCUAUUUUUCUAUGUGCUUCAAGGAUAAUCUGAGUCGCACAAUGCAAGAACAGAAACUCCGAUCCAACGUCAUUUCCGUGCACCACAAAAUGCGCGGAAGAUUUUGCAGCGUCGUGACCCACCUUCAUAUUAAAGUGUCAAUGCAAGAAAUCGUUUUCUAUACAGCUUUCUCCGCAAUAGUUUGGAGCAGGAGACUAUGAACUGCAAAAGCAUUGUACUGUUAUAAAUUGCAUUACAAAUUAGCCCAGCAUUUGAUUUGUAAUGCUGAUUUACCUUGAGAAAGAGAUUUGUAAUGCAUAAAUGCAAUUACUACGAGUGCGAUACUUUUGCACAGAAUAGAGACCAAACGCGUCGCCGUGAUCAACGAACGUCUUGGUUUUAUCAAAUGUAAAAAUGUCUGGGUCUGGAAGAAUGCAACUUGUGAUGCGCAUUUCAGAACACACAAAAAUCUCUGAUGCAUAGGCAGCAAAAGCUGCUCACUUUCUGUCACCAAAACGGGGGAUUUGUCAUGCGGAUUCGGCAUUGCGGAAGCUUCUCGAAACCUGUGAUGCUAGAGCUUCCAUGCCAGACCUUGUGUGUCAUGCAGAAACAGCAUGAUCUUCCAGACCCAGACAUUUUUACAUUUGAUAGGUUUCCUGGAGGACCAAAACCGCACCUUUCGCGAGCUCUGCUGGGAUAUGAAAUGCAAAAGCAUCGUACUCGUAUAAAUGCAUUACAAAUUUCCUCAGCAUGAGAGAGAAAAUUUGUAAUGCGGAUUUCCCGUAAGAUAAAGAUUUGUAAUGCAAGCCUUGCACUCAUACGAAUACGAUACUUUUGCACAGGAUAUGGGACAAGAUUGCGCAUUUGGAAAAGGAAUCGCUGAAUUUGAAGGAGCAAGUGCUGGACAAGAUGAUGUCCAUGGAGCAAGCGCAGCGUAUAGGAAUGUUGCUUUUUUCUCUGUAAUUCAUGCACGAUCUCCUGCAGCAGCGACAGACAUACUAUUCCAUUCUAUUCGCUGUCGUGCAGGUGCAUGACGAUGGCAAGAUUGAUUCAUUGAGCGGCGAAAUAAAAUUAAAAAAGGUAUAAACCUCCAAGAGCACGCCAUGCAGGUGACCGCGCUGUCGCAGAAAGUGGACGACUUUGCGUCAGAUGAGUCGACGCAGGAGCGGGUGCAGCGAGCGUUGCUGAAGGAAUUGGAUGAGUUGAAAAUCGUCGAAAACAUUCAAAACAUGAGCGGUAGCUUGAAAGCCAGCGUGGCGAAGAUGGAGGACAGAAUACGGCACACCGGGGAACAUGCGGAGCAGGUAAGAAUCUCUGGUUUUUUUGUCAUGCAAGAAUGACAGCACAAAGGUGUUUUGUCAUGCAGAAAUCCAAUUGUUCUUUUGCUCUCCCAUCAUGAUGACAAAAUCUCACUUUCUCGAGCUGUACGGUCCACCUCUACGGAGGACCGGGUGCCAGCCGAAAACUAAUAUCCAAGAAUUCCAACUGAUUUUCAAGACAGAGAAGACUACAGAGAUGACGUUGAACUUGUGAUGCAAGAAUUUCAAACGCAGAUGUUGGGCGUUUGUGAUGCAGAACAUGCUUGGUACACACAAUCUAUUGUAUCAGAUGCUCCAGCAGAACUUGAAAAACGCAAAGGCGGACAUUGACUCCCUCAUUGACAUGAAGUUGAAGGAAUUCGUCGUCGCCCAUCUAGUCCCGAUUCAGAAGGAAAUUUCCGGGUUUUCCAACCAGCAAGCCAUGAAAAACAAGGAGGUUGAGUUUUCCCUCCAGACACUGGAUUCCACGGUAGAUCGAAAUCGAAACGAAACGGUCGAAGCGCUGGCCGAGACAAGGAGGUCGACGGUGGAUAGCAUACGGCAGCUGGAGAAGGAAGCUCAAGUGGCCAGGGAACAGUAUUCUGAUUUGAAAAUAUGUGUGGUUUCGACGUGGUUCUUGUCCAAAAGAAAUAUAUGGUCCUGCAACACGCGUUACGCGGUGGUGUGGUGUUUGCUUGUGAAGAUGCUUCAGACGUGAUAACAUCGUGCGUAAGAUUCUGCAGCCUGCUGUGAUGGAGUAUUAAAACGAUCAGCGUCUAUUUCAUACCACGCGAAUGCCCUUCAGCUUUUCAAGUUGAGCCUUUUGCUUUGCCACGGCAGGCACCAGUUGUGCUUUUUUCCCCGCACUCGACACCUUCGCUUUUUUCACUCUUGCUUGUCCUGUACUGGGAUUUAUGUUUUGUGAAUCUAAAAAGUGGGCUGUCAUUCGAAUCUUUUCCUCCACUGCGCACUUUAUUCCAAUCGAGCCGGCUGCUCCGCAACGUAGAACUGGGUGCCGGCGGCCGCUGCCGCAUUUGUUCGCCGUUGCAAAAGUUUUCUUCCGCAUGUCCAUCCUGCGCAACGUCAUUCACGAUGCUACGCUUGACGAUUAAUUUCCUUGCGCUCGACACCAUGCAGGGAUACGUCACCCAGCACGUCAUGAUCCAUUCUCACUUUGGAUCCAUUUUUUUUGCUGUGACAACUGCAGCAUCGCGAAACCGCAUGUAGAUCAUCUACCGCAACUUCUCCGGUUACCCACCACUAACAAACAAUUACCAGGCUCCAAGAAAAGCACACCGCGCUGGAAAUAUCCCACGGCCAGCGGCUCACCAAGGUCACGAACGACGCAGAGGAUAUCCGCGAGAAGCUUGUCCCUACCGAGGUGAACAAACUCAAAGAGGAAUUCAUCGAGAAUUUCGACAAGUACCAAAAGCAGUUCGAGUCCAAGAUGUUCAAUCUCCUCGCCGUGCGCGAGAAGGAAGAGGCAGCGGCGCUACCAGCCCAGAACCAGGCGGCGAUAGCACAGUUGACACAAACGGUUUUUCAAAAUGCAGAAGUGCUAGAACAGGUGAAGUUUCAGGUGCUGUAUCCACAGUAAAUUUCCCGUAAACGUACAAAUGCGGUCUCCGCAUGACAAAACUUGGCUUCGAUCCUAGUUUAGCAUGGCAAGUUUUACGCUCCAAAUUGGCGAAAUUUGUGAUGCGUCUUGUACAUGUGCGGGAGAUUUGUAUUGCAUAUGCUAGAAAACGUGAAGAACUUCGGAUCCAUGCGGCAGGAGUUCGGGUCGGGGAUAAUGGCGUCGAAGCAGGACUAUCCUGUGCAAAAGUAUCGUACGCGUAGUAAUUGGAUUUAUGCAUCACAAAUCUCUUUCUCAAGGUAGAUCAGCAUUACAAAUUCAAUCAAUAUGUAAUGCUGGGCUAAUUUGUGAUGCAAUUUAUACUAGUGCAAUGCUUUUGCAUUGCAUAAGGACCUGGAUUUGGUGCGCGGCGGGCUGGAAAAAGUAAAGAAGUGGGCGUUAUCAAAUGUAAAAAUGUCUGGGUCUGGAAGGUUGGAACUUGUCAUGCUGAAUCUGAAUCAUGCAAGAAAUCUGUGUUGCGUGAUUACCAACAGCCGUCGUUUUUUACCAAGUUGAGAGGCAAUUUCUCAUGCAGGAUCGGCAUGCUAGAGAUCUCACAGAGUUUGUCAUGCUAGGCGCUGCAUUUCAGUUCUCAUGAGUCAUAGAAAACCUGCAUGACAAACCUGGUAACCUUCCAGACCCAGACAUUUUUGCAUUUGAUAGGCGUGCGAAUUAGACAACCAGCUACGGGAUUUUGAACAGCAGAAGGGCUUCUUAAUGAAUAACGCGGGCGGGGGAGCAGUUGCGACAGAGACUUUGUCGAAGAGGAUAGAACAGCUGGAGAGAGGUAUAUAGAUAGCAUGGUGAAAUUGUUUGUCGUCGUAUUAUUUAUGCGGAAAUGAAUGCGGCAUGAGCGAGGGCAGCGUGCUGAGGUAGUACAACAAACAUGUUGAACUGUAAUGUUAAAGACCAGUUCUUGCGCGGUAUACUAGAAAUUGUUUCAAUUCCACUAUGACCCAGACACCGAGCGUCGCUUCGAAGCUUCUGAGCGCCGGCAUGCGGAAACUCUGAUCAACGUAACGCGCUCGCGUCCCAGCUCACCACAACGAUCCAGCAUGAAUAACAACUUCCGAAACAGCGGGAACAACCAAAUGCCUUCCUCCUCUAGCAGGUCCCGUUCCGCCGCGAAUCAGCAAGCUAUUAGAAAGUCAAUCUCCAGCACGCUGGCACAGUCAAUCGAAUCGGUGAUCAGCAAUGGGACAGCAUCGAACUUCGCCGACCCAGCGCAGCAGAUGCUCAACAGUAGCCUAAACACGGGUAGCAUCGAGAAAUCGUUACCUAUCUCGAAAGCGGAGUUCUCCAAGAUUCUGAAGCAGCUGGAGCAGGAGCUGCGCGCCGUAGCAGAGGCGACGGAGAUAGAAUUGGAUGUGCUGCGAAACGAGGUAUUCGAGCACGUGGAAGACAAAUCCGGAAUAACGCUGAACCAAGUGGAAGACUCCCUCCGCGCGUUUGAACAAACCGUCGCGACAAACGCAGUAUGCAUUGCAAAUAUGUCUGGGUCUGGAAACUUGUGAUGCAAGAAAGGGAAUAGUGAACUGACUUACUAUGAUGCGCUGCCAAGCAUGACGAGUUUUUUUCAUGGUUCUGAGUUGGGUACUCCGCAUGACAAACACAAACCGCGUUUUUGCAUGACAGGGAGGAGGAGCUCUUCGCAGCCAUGCAACACAGAGUUCAGAGUCAUGCCGGCGGGCAUGACAAAUCUCGCAAUCCCCCAGACACAGACACUUUUGCAGUUGAUGCGCAGCUUUGAUGAACAACAACAGCAGACCAGCGAUCGCCGACAUCGACCCCGCGAUACCGACGAAGCUGUCGGUGUUGGACCGAAAGUGCGAUGACAUUACGAGCAGAGUAGACCGGGAACUACACGACAUGAAGAGGGAUCUGGGGUCACAGGUAUAGAGGGUAGAGUUUCAUUUUCGGGCGCAGUGAACUGAUUGCCAGAUGAGGUGGCGUGCUUAAACAAAAAUGUUAUUAUUUGCCAUCAUUAGAUCUUCAUUUUCUUCACCUACUUCCAGGCCCAACAAUUUUCCCGCGACUUGGAUCUCACCGAAGCGCGGGCGCGCGAGGCAAACUUGGAUUUGCAAUUGAAGCAGGAGCGACUGGAGAAGAUGAUUCUGCAGGAGCGUAGCAGCGCCGGGGCGAUCUCCGCCGCUUACGCAGCCGCGGAAAGACGAGGGCGGGCGGGAAUUUGAUCAGGAGGAUAGUGCUACUUCGACGAUGCCUUUUCUCGCAUGCUCCUGAAGACAUCAGCGUCGGUCGCCAGCAUGCGACGAUCGCCGCGCUGUGCUGGCUGCGUGCGAAAAAGGGCCCGAACAGAUUGUUAUUCUGUUUUUUUUUUGUUGAGCAACGAGAACGAGAGCGAAAGGUCAAAUUUACAAGCAGAAGCAGUAUGUAAAACAAAAAACCUGAGGCAGACCAUGAACUGCAGAAGUUUACCAGAUUAUCACAUCAUCAGCGACCACAAGCGCAGCUUCAAUUACCUGCGGUUAGUAGAGAUGAACAACUGCGCCCGCGUCUUGUGGAGCAGUAUUGUCCUCAUGUGCUUUAUUCAAUAAUCAAACAACGCAAUUACGAGUAAUAGAAUACUGUAAUGUAGUGUAGUAGGUGGCUCAUAUUUACACCACGAAGACACGAUAGGGACAGGGAGUAUAGAGUACUUCUCUUACGCGGAACAGCUGGUUCCGAUAUGAAAGCUACUCGCAGCGCGAUUCCGACGGUUAUUUUAUUGAAGGAAAAUUUACAGUUUGUAGUGAUGGUCUACGAAUUCAAAAUGAAUGUUUUGUUCGGGUGUUUUUCAUUGACCAAUACAACCUACCCGCACUAGAAAGUUUACUUCUUCUAUCGCCGCGAUACAUGCAUCAGAAGUUGUUGCGGUGCUGUCCUAGGGGAUGGAGAAUAAUGAACUUGUACUUGAAUGGUCUGUCCAUAACUACUGACAAGAACUCGCAAUAUACCAGCACAUUAAAAACGACUGACUGCACAUGGAGAUGCCAAGGAAAGUUUUUUUCGAAUUCACGAGCGCGCAGGACGUCGCAAGCACGCAGGUAGACGGAGCAAUCCGUAAUGUGAGACUCGCAUCGCGGAAGUUGAGUUUCGCUUUCACAGUGCUCGCGCUUGCGCUUUGCAAAAUAGAAAUGAAUGGUGUGAAACAUAUUUGAUCCGAAAGAAGCUAC